AGUGAUACAGUGAAAGUGGCGAAGAAAACCUUUGUUUAUUUUGAGAAAAAUUACAGCGAAGAUGCCGGACGUUUCACAAGAUCAUUUUGAAGUCGAUCAUCCGCUGGAGCCUCUAUUGACUCCGGAAAUUAUGCGGGCGAGAGGCAAUACGUUGACGAUGGAAAAUCCCUUCUUCACUCAAAGAAACAGGUCCGAGAGUGAAUCGGAAGAUAUCGAGACUAAAUAUCGAUCACCCUCGCGUAUUGCCUUAUUCAAGAGGGAGAUAGGACACAGAAUAUUCGUCAACAGAAGUCUUCAUCUCGAAAACAUCAAGUUCUAUGGUUUUGAUAUGGAUUAUACCUUAGCAGAGUACAAAUCUCCCGAAUAUGAAAAAUUAGGUUUCGAUUUAGUUAAGGAGCAUAUGGUGUCGAUAGGAUACCCUCAAGAAAUUUUACAAUUUGAGUAUGAUCCAACAUUUGCAGUAAGAGGAUUGUGGUUCGACUCAUUGUAUGGAAAUCUUUUAAAAGUAGACGCAUAUGGAAAUAUUUUAGUAUGUGUACAUGGAUUCGAAUUUAUAAAGCAUUCCCGUGUUUAUGAACUAUAUCCCAAUAAAUUUUUAACGCUGGACGAAUCUCGAGUGUACGUACUGAAUACACUAUUUAAUUUACCUGAGACUUAUUUGUUAGCUUGUUUAGUAGACUUUUUCACCAAUUGUAAGGAAUACUCCAAAACCGACACGGGAGUAAAAUGUGGAGAACUUCUGAUGUCGUACAAAUCUAUUUUUCAGGAUGUUAGAAACGCAGUAGACUAUGUCCAUCUACAAGGAGACCUCAAAAAUAGGACAAUCGAAAAUUUAGAAAAAUAUGUCAAAAAAGAUGAACGUCUUCCAAUGUUUUUGAGUAGGUUAAGAGAGAGUGGAGCCAAGACUUUCCUAUUAACGAACAGCGAUUAUACGUAUACCGAUAAAAUAAUGACGUACCUUUUCGAUUUCUCGCAUGGACCUAGGCCCGAAGAUCCUCAUCGAAACUGGAAAACCUACUUUGAUAUAGUCGUCUGCGACGCUCGUAAACCACUCUUCUUCGGCGAAGGAACUAUCCUCCGCCAAGUGGACACUUCCACCGGAGGACUUCGAGUAGGCGUUCAUACCGGUCCUCUGCUGUCCGACCACGUCUAUUCCGGAGGUUCUUGUGAUGUAUUUACGAAAUUUAUCGGAGCCAAAGGAAAAGAUGUGCUCUAUGUUGGGGAUCACAUUUUCGGUGAUAUUUUGAAGAGUAAGAAGAUCAGAGGUUGGCGUACCUUCUUGAUCGUGCCCGAAUUAGUUAGAGAGUUGCACGUGUGGACUGAUAAGUGUCAGCUGUUUGAGGAAUUACAGGGAUUGGAUAUUAAAUUAGGAGAAAUGUACAAAAACUUGGACAGUAGUGCGAAAGAAAAACCAGAUAUUUCAAAACUUAGGACAUCUAUAAGGGACGUUACACACAAAAUGGACAUGUCUUACGGUAUGAUGGGCAGCUUGUUUAGAUCUGGAUCAAGGCAGACGUUCUUUUCUUCUCAGGUUGUAAGGUAUGCAGAUCUGUAUGCAGCUACUCACCUUAAUCUGUUGUACUACCCCUUCUCGUAUAUGUUCAGGGCACCAGCAAUGCUGUUACCUCACGAAUCUACAGUAGCUCAUGAGCAACAUUUCGUUAUGGAGAUGAACAAGGAGCACAGUAUGGUUACCCCACAAUCUUCAAUCGAAACCAGAGACAAGAAGCCCUUGGAGCGAUCUCAGAGUCAAAUUCCUCACGUACGUCCCGCCACGCCUCAGUCGGUCACGCAUACUCACGACGAAGAUUUCUCUGAUGACGAUAGCGAAGAAAAAUUAUCGAGAAGUGAAAAUAACAAUGUACCAACAACCAAUUCGCUACACAAUUCAGAAAACAAGGUCAAGGUUGAUAGUCCCGCACAAUAAGUUUUCGGUGUUUUCAUAGAGAGGUAGAUAGAUACCUUCACUAGCUGUUAACAACCGAAAUAUUUUAAAAAUCACGCGCCUUAUAGAUAGGUAUUUUGUUAUGUCAAUUGCCCCUUGUCAUAUUUUUACAGAUAUGAUGAAAUAUGGUUGUAAGUUUAAUAGAAGUUUUAAAAAUAAAAAAAAUUAAAACAACAGUGAAUACGCACGUUUAAGUUGUCACAAAAUCUUAUAAUGUAGUAUAUAAUUAUCAUUCUGUGACAUUUUAAUAUUUAACAAAUAGCCCCAAAAAUGUAUUUUUUAUGUUAUGCAAUAUAUUUUGCAGACACCACAAUACAGAAAAGUUAGAUGCUCUCAUAUGAGAAGAAUAUGAAUAGAACUACUGUUAUAUGCUGACUUUGUGGUAAUGCGAGUUGCCUAGAUUUUGCGUCUAUACCGUUUUUUUGGCACCUAGUAUUUUUUUUAUAAAACUAAUGAGACAUACGGCAAAAUCCAAUUACGGUAAAAUUUCGUCAUGAAUGUUUUAAAAGAACUUAUUUUAUCGGUAUUUUUUGAGGAAAUCGUGGCAAUGGAACAGAGGUGUGCGAAAUACUUUUUGAAUAGUAGAUAACACUUAGUAGUAAUUAACUUAAAAUAUAUGCCACUGAAUGAAUGUUUUGUGAAACGUUUCUCUGGUGACUUGAAGUGAAAAUACAUCAUUCGUGAAACCGGCUGCAAAUUGAUCGUAAUUGGUGUUUUCCGUAUUUCAUUUGAGAGCAAUAUACAUUUCUGUAAUAAAGAAAAUCAUACUUUAUUAUUUUUGUAUUCUUUUGUCAAUCAAGUUAUAGCUAACUACUUGUUUGAUGAAAAAAAAAACAGUUUUGUUAGAGUUAGACUAAAAUACAGAGAAUACAAGGAACAGCCAACUUGCACAAUAAUUAAAACGUAUUUAGAGAGUUUUAUACUAAUUUUUUUAAUAAUUGCUCAUAAGAAUUUAAAAAAUUCCCAUGUGAUGUUUUUUAAUUAGUGACUUUUGUGUAGUCGUAAGUUUUUGUAGCAUUAACGUUAGAUUGGUUGAUUAGUAUAUUUAUUUUUCUUGUAUUUUUUAAUAUUGAAAUGUUUAUAUAUUGUAAAUAUCAAAGAAAUAAAUAAAGUUGUUAAAC